GGAUGAUUAAAAUCUUACGUCACACGACCAUGCCUUUUAAUUUCAGUUGGCUCCACUCGGAAUGAAUCAGUUUUCAAAAUAUUCAUACAUUCUCAGAAUAGGCGUUAAGAUAUUUAUUUCUUUAAUUGUGGAUAUCACAUUCCGUUUAGUUUUCCAUUUUUCAAUCUUCCUACGAGAAAUGUUUGUGUGAAUUAGGAACUUAAAAAAAAGUGAAAGCAUCAAUGGAUUUAUUGUUAUUUCGUGUUUAGUCUUUUUUAAGACACUUCAAUAUUUAUGAGCGACAUAGUGUUUUCUUGUCAUAACGGCCGGUAUAUCUUGACCGCUGGUAUAAAAGAAACGGCGCGAAUUCCUUCAGGGCAUAUCCCGCGUACGAUCAGCUGAUUUUAAAGUGCAAGAUGUAUUCUUUUCUGAUCUCAUUUAUUUAUACGUCUACGUAUUUAACAAUUAUAGGCAUUUGCUCAGUGAUACCACAAGCAGAUAAUAUUACGGAACCAAAUGGACAAUAUAAUACAAGCGAUAUGGAUUUUGAGCAACUAGUUCAUCUUUUUCAACAGAAUACUGACUACUCAGAAACAGAUGGUAAUGUACAACGAUGCCGCACUUGUCACAUUCGCGAACACCAAAAGAGAUUACGGAUCAACUCCAUAAAAAGUAGAUUAUCUCAUGCUUUAAGGUUGGAUGUUUUAGGAUUACCAAAUGUAACACGGACAAGAUUUCCCAGAAUUCCAUCCUAUGAAAGAUUACGACAUCAGUAUGAAAACGAAAUUAAUUUAGAAGAAAUGCAAUAUGACCAACCAUAUUCAUACACAGAACGAAUUGAAGAUGAAGAAGAUGAAUUUGGUAGAAUGGAGAGAACAUUUAUAUUUUCUGAAGAACCGCCAACGUCCUUAUUAGUGGAAGCACCGAAUGCAGUGUAUUUCAACAUACCAGUGAUGGAAAAUCAAGAGGUACACAGGGCACUCCUAUGGGUUUACAUAGCACCACCACUAAGACAAUUCAAUUUACCCAAAAACGUGUCAGAACUUUUCCUCUACAAGCUUGUUCCUCCAGGAAAACGUGGAGGGCCCCCUGUCAAAAGGUUUUUAAAAAGAAAGAAAAAGAAUAUCGCGGAGACCAUCGGCUGGCAUCAUUUUGAUAUUACUGAUCUCACUCAGCAGUGGGCCUCCGAUCCAUCGUCUAACCUGGGUGUAGUGGUGGAAGCUUUUGAUGGAUAUAAUGAGAAUCUCAUUGUCCUGCAAAACGGAACGACAAAUAACAGUGGCUACGAACCCAACCUUGACUUCAAGACCAUUACGAUUCUUCAUAAUGAAAGAGAAAAGAGAUCUACGGUUUUAAACUGUAAUGAACAAAAUCAGUUUGAUACAUGCUGUCGCUACCCCUUAACCGUAGAUUUUGUGGAGUUUGGUUGGGAUUUUGUCAUUGCACCACAGCGAUACGAUGCAUUUUAUUGCGCGGGAGAAUGCCGUGAUGAGGGUUUGAGUGAAUCCGGUCACUCCGCCGUAGUACAACAGAUUCCAGAGUCUAGAAUGCUCAGCACAAACCCUGGACCAUGCUGUACUCCUGUUCGAAUGGCGAAUCUCAAAAUGCUUUACUUUGAUCAUGAAUCAAGAGUUCAGUUGACAACGCUUCCAAGAAUGAAAGUUGUCCGCUGUGGUUGUGCUUAACGUCUUAACUGUUGUGAAUCUGAUUUACUUUCAGUAAAAAAAAUCUCACUGCUUUAUCUGCAGUUUGUAUAUUCAGGAAAAAUGUUCCUGUUAUUUGUUUGCCCCAAAUUUUCCUGAUGUCAAUAAUCCCGCUUAAAGCAACAAUCGUCACUUUCUAGGGAGCAUAUUGUUCAAUGAAAAUUGUGGAUUUUUGAAAAGAGUCCAAAAGUAUCCAUUGAUGGGACUACGUUGUGCUUUCAUGUGAAGAGCAAAUGAACAGUUCAAGACUGUUUUGUUUUCUUCCUCUCCCAAGGAGUAUUUGUCGAAUAGGGCAUUUGUUUGUUAUGUAUACAGAAAUCCUUAACUGAUCUCUUUUUUCCACAUCGUUUAGGACAUGUUAUAGUCUUGUAUGGUGUGAAAUUGUUUUGUUUCAAUGUAAGCUUGUACAUUUUAAAUUUAUUUGCGUUAUGCAUUCUGUUAUAUUUUUGUUCAUCCUUAUGUCAUUUUAUUAUUAUUAUUUUUAAAUGAUGUGAAACUACUUUUUUCAAUAUUUUCCAAUAUAUUGCUGAAAGGGCAAAAAAACAAUCAAUUUAAUAUAUAUGUUUAUACACAUAUUUGUUUAAAAAAUGGCCAAAUGACUGCAAAGUCUGAAGUAGUGAUUAUCAAAGGUUCAAAAUCACAUCUAUUUUUUUUAAUUAAUGCAGAUAAUUUCAUACAUUUUUCGUCACUUGCAUUCCAGAGCAAUAUUAUAAAUGCAUAUAUAGAAAAAAUGUUUAAAAAAAAAAUUUGACAAAUCAUAUGUUGAUGCUAUUAACCUUUACAAAAUGUGUUUGCACAACUAUUGUGCCUAAGUAAAAUUCAACUGUGAUAACUGUUAUAAAAUAAACGGCUUCUUCUAAAAAAAA